AUGAGGACAGAUGCCAACGUCAUCGACGGUCUCGGAGGCAUCGGGAAGACACAGAUUGCUCUUGAAACCGCCUUCCGGGUCCGCAAGAAGUACCAAGACUGCUCCGUUUUCUGGGCUCCAGCGGUAAACGCGACCAGUUUUGAGAAUGCCUACAGGACGAUCGGUCGACAACUUCAAGUUCCCGGGAUCGACGAGGACACGGCCGACGCCAAGACACUCCUCCUAGUUGUCGAUAACGCCAACGACACGAAGCUUCUCUUUGAUGAUAUGCAUCUGGCCGACUCUCUCACACUUCUCAAAAUGCACCUACAGGAACAUCAGGUACACGAUUCCGAACGUACAAUGAAGCUGCUCGAAUUCCUCACAUAUCUACCCCUGGCCAUACGGCAGGCAUCUGCAUUUAUGGCCAAGAAUCAGAUCUCAACUACAGAGUACCUCAAGCUCUAUUUAUCAAGUGAUGAGGCGAUGAUCAAUCUACUAAGCAAGGAUUUCGAUGAUCUACAUCGCUAUGAUGACAGCCAAUAUCCACACAUUUCACAGCACUACCCCCUGGCAGCAGACUACCUGAGAUUCAUGUGCUUCCUAGUUGAAAAGGACAUUCCGCAGUCUUUACUGCCGCCGGCACCAAGUGACACAGAGGCAGUAGAGGCAAUCGGCAAUCUCAAAGCAUACGCAUUCGUCACUCAGCGUCAAGAGCAAGAGCAAGAGCAAAAUGCAUACGACAUGCACCGGCUAGUUCAACUGUCCAUGUUGAACUGGCUGGCGCAGGAAGGGAAGCGAGAAGAAUGGGCCACCAAGGCGCUGCAACAGCUUGAAAAGGUCUUUCCGGAUCCCGAACAUGAGAAUAGAAGCGUGUGGAUAAGAUAUCUUCCACGUAGCUUGAAAGUGCUGAAGUCAGGAGGUAAUUCGACGGAUGAGAUUGUUGAAUCAAGCCUUCUUUUCAAAGCGGCGAAAAGUAGUUCUACACUAGGCAACUACAGCGGGGCCGAGCGGCUGUACCGGCAGACGCUGGCGCUACAGACCAAAGUACUAGGCUCUGAGGAUCCAGAUACGCUCCGUACGAUGAAUAACCUAACGAAUACGGUUAACUAUCAAGGCAACUACAACGAGGCCGAGCAGCUAUACCGGCAGACGCUGGCGCUACAGACUAAAGUACUAGGCUCUGAGCAUCUCGAGACGCUCUGUACAUAA